AAGAGUGGCAUUGUUUUUGCCUGUCUUUUAAAUGUCUGACUUAAUAGGGAUUUUCAUGUCUGUUUCUGCCCUCAUUUAAUUGUAAUGUGUUGUUUUGAUUGAAUUAUGAAGAAAAUCCAACCUCAGGUUCAUGGUGACAGGUACAGUUUUGCCAGAAUUCUAAUUUUCUCUUGGAAGCUCAGUUUUAUCAUUGGCAACAAAUAGUGUCAGUUGUGCUCUUGAAGUGAUGGGCUUAUUUUGUUUCAUUUUCUAGAAAAUGCCUGCCAAAUACCAGAGUCUGAAUAACCAUCAGUUAUGUGUAACUUAUUCUUUCAAGUAAAUAUGGUGUUCCACAGGAAAAUCUUGCAGUUCAAACACACACUCAGGUGCUUUACUUAGAAACAACAAUCAUGUUCUGUGUGUCAGAUAAGUGUCUUCUCACGUCAUACACAAUAGUACACAGAUAUUACUCAAAGGUUGAGACUUAAUAUAUAAUUUUUACUGUGUUACUCAAGUCCAUUCUCAAGUAAAAGCUGGCAUGUAUUCUUUCACUAUGCUGUGAAGAAUCUUACUUGGUGCCAUUGUCUUAACUUCUAUACUGACUAGUAGUUUGAUUUUCAGGGGACAGGUCAGCACAGUAAAGAAAAGAAAAUCGUGUCUUAGUUUUGUUAUGAAAACAGUUUACUUAGCAGAACCCUUGAAAGUGUCUUCCGGGUCUGCAGACCAUUAUGGAAAACCACAGCUGUAGAAAGCACCUGAGGAGGAGGAGAGCGGUUUCUCUCUGAUUAGUCACUAAUUACAUUGAGCCUUUAACUGUUUUCACUUUUCAGUAAUUUGUAGAUUACCUCCCUCAGCUCUGGCUGCCUUAAACUAGGUUCCCUCCCCCACCCCCAGGUUUGGUAAAUCCUUUAGCAUUACUGAACUGUGUUCUAGGAGAGGUUCUUACUUGAACUUGUGCUUCUGACCCUCCUCAUUAUGACUGGGGUAUUGACCUUCUGUUCUCACUAGAGCUUUUAAAGAAAUUCAUUGCUGCUCCGAUUUUCUUUGGGGAACAUAGCGUGGGAUCUAUCUCACAAGAGAAAAUAGCUCUGAUUCCUGUACUCCAUCCCAUUCUGUUUGCUUCUAGGUACUUCAUUUCAAUCUUCUAACAUACCUAUUGAACAGUUAAAGUGAUCUUAUCAUUGAUACUUUGAACUGUAGACUCUGAACCAUUUCUGAUAUCCUCAGUUCCCCUUGCAACCCGAGGGACCGCUAGAUGGAGGAAGAAAAGGAAACUGCAGAUCCCAAGAGGCACCCACACUCCUGUAACACAGGAGAGUGAUUUAAUCAGCAGCUCCUGACACAGACAUCUUACUCAACCCUGGGUGUCUGUUAAUAGCCAUGGAGCUACUUCCAAAAGGAGGGUGACAUGACAGAAACAUCCCACCUGUUCGGUCCUUGUGUUCAAACAUGCUGCUCUAGGAAGACAGGCUGACGGGCUUCAGGGAUGCAGUUGCUACUACUGGAGGUGCGUGGCAUCUUACCUGAACCAGGUCAUGAAGCCAUGUGGCCAUGAUGUGGACCCCUCAUGGCCUCAGCAGGAACAGAGCAUUACAGUAUUGGCCUCCGGCGGGGAAACAGCUUCAAGCAGAGUGGUCCCUCAGGCACAGUGCCUGCCCCAUCACCUGAGAAGCCCUCUGAGGGCAAAGUCUGGUCUCAGGCCCAUCAGCAGGUGAAGCCUAUCUGGAAGCUGGAGAAAAAGCACGUGGGGACACUUUCAGCCGGGCAGGGCACAGGCUUCUUGGGUGUCCCACCCCAGCCAGCAUAUUUCUUUUGCCCCAGCACUUUAUGUAGCUCUGGGACCACAGCUGUCAUUGCAGACCACAGCAACUCCUGUUACCUGCACUCUCUCCCGGACUUGAUCAGCAAUCCCCUGCUGUACCGCCGCUCCAACUACAGGCACAAACCAUACCAGCAGCUGGAGUCGUUUUGCUUGCGUUCAAGCCCAUCAGACAAAAGACCUUUUUCUCUUCCUCAACAGAGCCUCCCUGUCAGUCUCACUGCCAAUAAGGCCACCUCUUCCAUGGUUUUCCCCAUGACCCAACCCAUGGCAUCCUUAUCCACAGAUCCAUACCUCUCGCUGGGAGCAGCUGGGGAAAACCCUUCAGGGAAGAGCCUGGUCUCUGCCAUCUCAGGGAAGAUCCCAUCUCCAAUCUCUUCUUCCUACAAACCCAUGCUAAAUAACAACUCCUUCUUGAGGCCAAAUAGCACUAAAGUGCCUUUAUCGCAGGCCGCCGAGGGCCUGAAGCCAGUAUCUUCACCCAAGAUCCAACUUGUCUCCUGGCAUCACUCAGGGGGCACCGGAGACUGUAUACUCCAGCCUGUUGAACACAAGGUUUCCCAAAGUAGUGGCACUAUGCUAAAUGAUGCCCCUACCCACAAUAUCCCAACUACCCCUAACUCCUUCAAUACUUCCACCACCAGUGUUGCCUCUUCCUGGUAUAAUCAGAGUAGCCUGGAUGGCAAUUCUGCUUCUCAGGCUCUGACUAAGGAGGUUCGAUUCACUGAGGCUGUAAGGAAGUUGACUGCAAGAAGUUUUGAGAAGAAGCCAAGACCAAGCUACCAGUUUGAACAGUCUUUCAUGAAUCCCAGCUUGCAGUGGACGCCCAUCAACAAGAACAGACAGUGGAAACCUGUGAUAGGCCAGCAGUUUUCUCAGGAGGAUGCUGGAGCAGACAGUAGGAUCCUCUCUGGGUCCUCGGACACCUUGGAGUUGGACAGUACAGUCUUCUGUACUAAACGUAUCAGCAUUCACCUCCUUGCCUCUCACACCAGUGGGCUUAGUCAUAGUCCUACCUGUGGCUCUCUGCCUGAGCGCAGCUCUCCACCACUUGAAGAAGACAAAACUCUGGCUCUGCUUUCACCACCUCAGCCCCUUGGCAUUGCUGACAUGACUACCUGCCUCUCUUCCAUCCAUCUGAGCCAACUUGGGAAGGAGGGGCCUAAGGUUUCCAGAGAGCUGGACUUAGCUGCUAGGGAUGUUGGUUCAGCUACCGACCUUCAGCUAGACCGGGUGGAGGCUGAAGAUUUAGAAGAAGAGCUUGUUGAUGGUUUGGAAGACAGCUGUAGCCAUGAUGAGAAUGAAGAGGAGGAAGACGGCGACUCAGAGUACUCCUCAUUCAGUGGUGUCUCCCCCAGCGAGUCGGUAGCAGUGAUCUCUCGGAACUGCACGGAGAUUCUGACCCAACCCCUUUCCACUGAGAAAGUUGUCCGACCAGCUCUCAUCUAUAGUCUCUUUCCCAACGUGCCCCCUACCAUCUAUUUUGGCACUCGGGAUGAGAGAGUGGAGAAACUUCCCUGGGAGCAGAGGAAGCUGCUUCGGUGGAAGAUGAGCACAGUGACCCCCAACAUUGUCAAGCAGACCAUUGGACGGUCCCACUUCAAAGUCAGCAAGCGAAAUGAUGACUGGCUAGGCUGCUGGGGCCACCACAUGAAGUCUCCUAGUUUCCGAUCCAUUCGGGAGCAUCAGAAGCUGAAUCACUUCCCAGGUUCAUUCCAGAUUGGGCGAAAGGACAGACUGUGGCGGAACCUGUCCCGUAUGCAGAGCCGCUUUGGCAGGAAGGAGUUCAGUUUCUUCCCCCAAUCCUUUAUCCUGCCCCAGGAUGCCAAGCUCCUGCGGAAAGCCUGGGAGAGCAGCAGUCGCCAAAAGUGGAUUGUUAAACCACCAGCAUCAGCCCGAGGCAUUGGCAUCCAGGUCAUUCACAAGUGGAGUCAGCUCCCCAAGCGAAGGCCUCUUCUGGUGCAGAGGUACCUACACAAACCCUACCUCAUCAGUGGCAGUAAAUUUGAUCUGCGAAUCUAUGUUUACGUCACCUCCUAUGACCCACUGCGGAUUUACCUCUUUUCAGAUGGACUUGUCCGCUUUGCCAGUUGCAAGUAUUCCCCUUCCAUGAAGAGUCUUAGUAAUAAGUUCAUGCACCUGACCAACUACAGUGUCAAUAAAAAGAACACGGAGUACCAGACCAAUGAAGAUGAAACUGCCUGCCAGGGCCACAAAUGGGCAUUGAAAGCUUUGUGGAAUUACCUGAACCAGAAGGGCGUCAAUAGUGAUGUCAUCUGGGAGAAGAUAAAGGAUGUUGUUGUCAAAACCAUCAUUUCGUCAGAACCCUAUGUGAUCAGCCUGCUGAAGAUGUAUGUGCGGCGACCCUACAACUGCCACGAACUCUUUGGCUUUGACAUCAUGCUGGACGAGAACCUCAAGCCUUGGGUCCUGGAAGUCAACAUUUCCCCAAGUCUCCACUCUAACUCUCCACUGGACAUCAGCAUCAAAGGCCAGAUGAUCCGUGACCUUCUGAACCUGGCGGGUUUUGUCCUGCCCAGUGCAGAUGAUAUUGCUUCCAGCACUAGCAGCUCCAGCAGCUCCACCACCAGCCUGCCCAGCUCCCCCAGGGACAAAAGUCGAAUGGCCCCAGAGCACUUCACUGCACAGAGGAUGAAGAAAGCCUACUAUCUGACCCCCAAAAUUCCUGAUCAGGACUUCUAUGCAUCCGUGCUGGAUGUCCUGACACCAGAUGACGUUCGGAUUCUGGUUGAGAUGGAGGAUGAGUUUUCUCGCCGUGGUCAAUUCGAACGAAUUUUUCCUUCUCGUAUCUCCUCUCGUUAUCUUCGCUUUUUUGAGCAGCCACGAUAUUUCAACAUUCUCACUACCCAAUGGGAACAGAAGUACCAUGGCAACAAGCUAAAAGGAGUAGAUCUGCUUCGGAGUUGGUGCUACAAAGGUUUCCACACAGGAGCCAUCUCUGAUUCUGCUCCAGUAUGGUCUCUCCCGACAUCACUUCUCACUACCCCAAAGGGCGACAUGAUGUUCAAUACUUUCUCUAAAUCAGAGACUGGCAAGCCCGGAAAACAUAGCUCCUCCGAGGGAAGCGUACCACUCUCUGAAGAUGGGAACUCUCCCAAGCCCAAGAAGACCCAAGCUGGCCUGUCCCCUCUCCCCAAGAAACUCAGUUCCUCAGUCGACGGUGAGGACACCAGCAAAGAGCCCAGCCACUCUGCCCAGGUGUUACCUGUGAUCAAGUACUCUGGGCGGACUUCAGGACUCUCUCCUUCCCCAGCCUCCCAGUCUACGAGUGACUCACUCCUGGCUGCUAUGAGCCCAUGACUGGCCUCUCUCCAGUAGCCCCUGUCCAGGAGCACCAGUGUUAGCUACCUCACAGGAACUGGCCAGCCAGCCAGCCAGCCAGCCUGAACCCCCACCCCCUCCACCUUGCCCGUCCUCAGAAUAUUUUUUGAAGUCGUCGAAUUGCAGAAGAUGGGUAUUUGGAGGGGUGGUAUGGAUGAAGAGAAGGUGAAGGAGGUUUACCCUCUUGUCACUUUCUGCCUGGCUGGCACCGCAUAUCUCAGCAGAGAAGCCAAUUAUGGCCACUCAGCCUUAUAAAACAGGGUUUGGUUUCUACCUUCAGAGAGCCAUGUGUGGUUUGUUUGGGGCUUGGAUGCAGAGAUUGAAUUAUAACUCAAGAGGAGAAAACAUACUGAACGAAUUUAGGCCAGAAGUCCUUUUGUUCUAUAAUUGAGGAGAUUCCUCUGAAGGUCCUCAUUUCCUCAGGUCUCACUUCCCCUACCCCACUCCUCGACCUGAGGAGCCACUUUCAGAAAUCUUCAAACUUGCCCCAUUAACUAGGCAGGGAGAGACUGACAUGAUGACCUGUUUCCUAUUAUCCUUGUCUUGGGGCUUUACCACCUCCAGACCACCUCUCCUUUCAUAGAUCCACCAGCAACCUUUGGUCUUCCUAUUCUGACUUCGUAUCGCUACUUGUUCAACAUUCUAGACUUUCCUCUCAUGAAUGUUAUUAACCUCUUUAGCGCUUGACUUUCUGUGAGACGAGAGGUUCUAUGAACUUUGUGGAUUUCUCAUCACCUCAAUGAAGGAGCCCAGAUAAUCCCAGUUACUAUUGUCUGUGUUUAUCUAAAACAGGACACAGUGCUGGGGGAGGGUGGAAGGAGUUGAGGUUUCCUCACAACACAGGAAUUCUUAGGUUCAACUUCACCACCUUCACUGUGUGGUUAGCAGGGUCUGGCCCAUAGGUCGCUGGGGCAGGCUGGGUCUGGUGGCUUGGGGGUGGAUUUCAGGAGCAGUCACCACUUUAGGAUACACUUCAAUGAGACCACUGACUACACUCUAGUACUCUUAACUGUAUCUACCUCCCUCCCUAAGACUUGGUAAAUAGUGAGUGUUCAAUAAAUGUUGACUGAGCGAACUGUACGAUGGAGAUCUCGAAGGACAAGCACCUGAACCAGAAGCUCCACUUCCCCUCACUCCAGGGGCAAAGUGGAGCCCAGGGAGAGCACACAGUGGGGGAAUUUGAAUCAGAUGGUGGGGGAAUUUGAAUCAGAUGGUUUUCACUUCAACUAUGCCCUUUCCGAAAGCAGCACUUCCCAGUUGCCACUCGCCUCCUCCCUAGCCCCUUCAAUCCCUUUAUUUCAUUUUUCUAGCAUCAGGGCCCAAGAAGAAACCAAAUAACCCAUCUCUGAUACCCACAUUUUCCUUUCUGCACAUAUGGAGGAAGCUCUGCUCACAGGCUCACUCUGGUCUCUCCCUUCUUUCUUCAGCUUAAAACUACUGAUUCUUUGCGUUCUGAGAAUCCCCAGACUACACAAUCAAUCCAUUUCCAUUCCUGUACCCCAUUGCAGCAUCAUGGGAAUGAAGGUAUUGGAGUUGGGGGUGGACUGAAGAAAUUAUGACAGUGAUAAAAGUAUAAUGUCCUUAGUAGUUUAUAAUGAUUACUUUUCAUUGUUACCACAGUCGAGUAUCUGACAGAUCUAGGUGUUUUGCUGGAUGGGAGAAAGGAAUGGGGCUAAUGUAUGAAAUUGAAAUUUGGGAGUAGGUAGAGUCAGUCUUUCCAGAACAUGUCAUUUGUCUUCCUAAGUUAAGAACUCUAACCCAUUUCCUGUUUGGAAUGGGAGUGAGUGCUCCUGAAUUGAGGAAAUACAGGGUUGCAGGGUAUUUUUGGAAGAGUGGAAUAAGGACUUAGGUUAGGGGGCAAGGAGUCAUUAUGCAUGUUUACUUCAAAUUUGCUCAGAGAUUAUUUAGAGUGAAGUAAUUUAGAGGGAAGGGAUGAUACUGAUAAGACAAGAACAUGGGCCUGAAGGCUGACCUGGGGUUCGUAUCUUACUUUUGCUCUGUGACCUUGGGUCUGUCAUCUAACUUUUUUGGUGUCUUUUAAAAACUAAUGUGAAUAUAAUAGGUACAUUGCAGGUUCGUGAAAAUUAAAACAUGAUAAAACCAUUUAGGGACAUAAAGGGCCCUUAAUGAAUGGUUAUGCCUUUCUCUGUUAUCUAAGCCCUGUUUCUGGGGUAGGGAAAGGCAGGUAAGAAAUGUUAAACCCUUUCCACAAGGGAAGUGAAGCAGCUGUUGAGAUGUUUUAGAGGUGAAAAAGUCCAGAACACUCCCGGCUUCACACACACAUAAAUGCACACACCUGCAUGCAGAAACACUAUCAUUCAUUCCACUGUUUUUGCUGAGAACAUUUUCCUUUGGUUAAAUAUUUCACAGAAUGCAAAUUCCCUGAAUAAGGAAGGACAUUAACAUUAGAUAAAAGUGAAUUGAGUGAUAUUUUAUUCGGUCCUAUCCCAAGAGAAGCUUUGAUACAAAAAGGAGAGCGAGGCAGUAAUUACAUGGUGACUAAAAAAGGGAGGAGAUAAGUGCAGAAGAAAGUGCUUAGAGCUUGAACUGGUGCUGUGGCCAAGGAACAAUCUAGAGAAGUUGCCUUCACAGGUACAUUCUUAGGGAUUCAGAAUAUUUUAUUUAGGGUGGUUGUCCCUCCCAGAAAAUGACUGCCUUCUGGGUCCAUCCAACACUGAGUCAAUGAAGGUUGAUAAUCCCAGAAAACUCCCAUUUUCCUCAUCACUUGAGUUACCCAAAUAAGAUCCCCACCAACAGCAGCCAGAGGACCUGCCCUCCUGGGUUCCUCUGAAUUGGUUCUCCAAGACCUUGUCUACUGCUCUCGUCUACUGCUCAAAUCAGCCCUCCAACUGUUUUGAGACUUAGAAACAGAGUUUUCAGAGCUGUGUGACUGAGGCGGCUCCAUUGCAUUCUGCUUAAGGUCCUGAUCCUGCUUAACCCUUGUGGCAGAGUAUGUCCGCUCAUUGUCCAGGGGUUUGUACAAACUCAUCUGACUUGACCUUUCAUCAGUUUGGGGCAAUGAAAGCUGCAAGCAGUCUUAGGAUGCUCUUGGCAGAUUUCUUAAAGGUGAAAGAAUACAAGAACAAUAGGGCAGUUUUCUAAAACUCACUUGUGCCUUAAUUAUUAUAAUGGACUGAGACACAUGGAAUGCUAAGAACUCAUGGGAAAAAACAAUUUUGAAAAGAUUUCUGAAUUGUGGGAGACCAAAGUCUGCCUCAGGGUGGUUACGAGGGUUAAAUGACGAAGAGAGGGGAAAUACAAGUAAAGCACCCACCAAAGUGCCUGAAAUACAUAGUGCAGAUUCUAGGACAAUUAAAAUCAGCACCACCAAAACAUUUUCUAUAAUAACAGCAUGUUAACCACAGUACUACAAUACUCCUACAGUAGUAUAGUGCUAUUAUAAAACUGAUAAAAGUACACUUUGAGUCUAUGCAUGGGAUACCAACUAUGAGGAUUUAAUCAAGAUAAUUAGCUUAGAAGGACUGGGACCUUAGCACUAGUAGUCAGGGAGGUGCAUUUAAAAAUCUAAUGACAUAGUCGGUGUAUUUGCUUGGCUGAGGGGCCAGUGGGGCUAAGCCUCUGCCAUCUAGGAUUAUGGCUGAACCUUUAAAUUAGAAUCCCAUCAAUGCUGAACUGUAGAGCACCUUGACUCAGCCUUGUUUCUCUGGUCUCUGCCCUGUCAAGUGCUAUCAAGGCAGGCUAUAAAGUGCUCCCCACGUGGCACAGGGGCACAUUGGACUGGGGCCUGAGCAGGGAACCUCUUACCCAGAGAAACCUGAAAAGGGUGCUGCCCCUUGCAUGUUUUUGGGGUACCUGGUACUACACUAUUCCUUUUUAUACUCAUUUGUUUAAUAUUUCAGAUAAUCUAGAGAUAAGCUUAACCAAGAUAAAACUUUAAUGAUAUUUUUAAAUGUUAUAAGAAUAAACAGGAAAAAAAAUAAAAUUCUCUAAUAAAGCAAAAAUACCUCAUGUCUAAUAUCUGUGGUAUGUUAUAUUUUUAAAAACUGUUCUUAAAGAUAACCUGCUUCUGGAUUGGGCUUGCUACAUAGCAGAGUAGGUCCCUUACUGUGAUCUAUUGAAGCCCUGAACACGACUUCGGGGUUGGGGGGCACUGAAAAAAAAAAAAAAAACCUAAGCUAUGAGUCACCAUGUUUGUAGUAAAAUUAAAAUGGCUCAAAUAGAGACGAAAAUUUAAAGUGUCAAUGUGGAGCAAGUAGUUCCUAUGUUGCUAGUGGGAAUGCAAUAUAGUACAUUCGAAAAGAGCUUGGCAGUUUCUUAAAAGUAAAACAUGCUGUUAACAUACAACCUGGCAGUUCACACGGGCAGGCACGUGUUGACAGCAACUUUAUUAAUAACAGCACAACCCAAAUAGCAACAAGUGAAUGAAGUAAAUUGUGGUUUAGCUAUUCAAUACUACUUAGGUAUAAAAAAGGAGUAAACGGAUACAUACCACAAUGGAGAUGAAUGGCAAGAGCAUUAUGCUAAGGGAAAGAAUCCAGAAGCAAAGCACUGUAUUCUUUGUGAUUCCACUUACGUAACUUCUAGAAAAGGCAGAAAAGUACGGGCAGAAAGCUUAUGAGGGCUUGCCAGGGACUGACUGUGCAGGGACACACUGUAAAUUUACCUUGGCUGUAGGGUAGGUACAGCAACUCAUCAAAUUUACCCCUAAUAGGGGUGAGUUGCAUGUAAGCAGCUACAGCUGACUUUUAAAAAAGGAUGAGAGGGGGCAUCCCUGGUGGCACAAGGGGUUGAGCACCACACUAUCAAGCAAAACGCAGCCUCUGCAGCACACAUUCGAUCCCCGACACAGCCUCUAGCACGAGUUCGAUCCCCGACCGGCCAGAGAGAAACCCACGUGGCGAAACAGACCUCUCCCGCCUAGCCCGCUGCUCCCCUCAGCAGUGUAUUUCAGUACAUCUGCCUGUUCUGCUCCCUAAUCUGUCUCUGGUGAAUCCUCUCACCCCCUGCACCUCUGGCCUGUACCCCAGGUCUUAUAUGCAUAAAAAUAAAUCUUUUUUAAAAAUAGUAUAGCAAGAAAAGGGGGAAAAGGGAAGUUUCUGGAGUGGUGGCAAUGCUCUUGAUUGGGGGUUGUUUACAUAGGUGAAAUACUACUUAAAAUAUCAGAGUGCAUUUAAAAGCUGAGCAUUUUAGCAUUUUCUUUUUAAUUUAUCUUUUUUAUUGGGAUAACAUUGGUUUAUGACGCUUGAUGACAAUAGGGGUACUGUUCACACCUCUUCGGAUGUGUGGUCCACACCACCAAAGUACCAAUAAUCCUCCACUAUUGUCCCUUGGGUCUCCUGCCCUUUUUGCACCCCACUCCCUCCCACUCUAGUAGCCUCAAUUCUGAGUCAGAUUUUUAGGGUUUGUUUUGCUUAGUUUUGUCUGUUCUUUGUUUUGUUUCUUUAUAUUCCAUGUAAGUGAGAUCAGUCCUUACUUGUCUUCCUCGAUUUAUUUUGCUUGACAUAAUCCCCACCAGUUCUAUCCACAUAUCACAAAUGGCAAGAUUUCAAAAGAUAACAUUUUCUUUUUAGAAACUGAAGUAAAACUGACAUAAAACUAACCAGGUUAAAAUGAAUGUUUCAGUGGCAGUACAUUCAUGAUGGGUGCAACCACAUCACCUCUUUCUGAAAACAUUUUCAUCAAUCGAAAGGGAAACUCCUGUCUCCCUACUCCCAGCCCACUCGGUUUUCCGUUUCUGUGUACUUACCUGUUCUGGAUAGAUGACAUAAAUGGAAUCAUAAAAUAUGUGGUCUUCUGGAUCUGGCUUACCCUUUGCCUGUUUUCACAUUGAGAAUCUUACAUAUUUCAGAAGAAAAGUCAAUAGUCACUAGAAAAUAUUCUAUACAUUUUAUUAAUAUGUGUGAAAGUGUCUCCCUACAACGGUCACUUGAACAAAAAAAAAUUGAAGUUACCAUUUUUGAGUUUCUAUUAUGAU